UCCAAAGGGAAGUGAGAGGAAUCAAUCCCAUACCCACAUAGCCUCCCUCACCACCCCUCUCGCUCUUCCCCGAUUCUUCCGCCGAUUUCUCCUCCGUCUCCUUCUCCACUGCCCAGUCUCCCACUUCACUCUCUCCAUCAUCCCUUUGCAGCUUGGCUGCUUCAGCAUUGCCAUAGAUCAAGCUACUCCCCAAGAAACGAAGAAAAAGCUGUGGCAACACCCGUGCACUUCACUCGGAAAGCAGAGCAGAUCGAGCCAGAGCGCACAGCCGCUCCACCGAUGAAGCCCGCCACCGUGAGGAAAGACGCUGGCGGCGGCAUUGGCGGUGGCGCGUUCGGCGUAUCGUGCCUCGACAUUAAAUCCUUCGUCGCCUCCCUCGCUCUCUUCGCCCUCAUCAUGGCGCUCUGGCAGUUCCACCCGUACCAGCCCAUCCUCGCCAUCACCCGCUCCUCCUGUCCCCUCAUCCCUCCCCCAUCUACCGCCGCCGCCUCCACCACCAUCACCACCGCUGCAGUAUCCUUCUCCAACUCCACAGCCGACAGAGCCGCACCGACCACCGCCGCCAGCGCGGUAAAGGCGCCAACCUUGCCAUCCCGGCCGCGGGACCCCAAUAAGCGGGAGCUCCGGCCGUACGGCAGCGCGGCGGCGCUGUUCGUGCAGAUGGGCGCGUACCGGGGCGGGCCGCGCACAUUCGCCAUCGUGGGGCUGGCGUCCAAGCCGGCGCACGUCUUCAGCACCCCUUACUUCAAGUGCGAGUGGCUCCCCAACCCGGACCCGGCCGGCGGCCCGCCGCCGAGGCCCGUCCGGACCAAGGCGUACAAGAUGCUGCCCGACUGGGGCUACGGCCGCGUCUACACCACCGUCGUCGUCAACUGCACGUUCCCGUCCAACCCCAACGCCGGCAACCGCGGCGGGAAGCUCCUCGUCCACGCUUACUACUCCACCUCCUCCCGCCGGUACGAGCGCUUCGUCACGCUCGAGGAAGCGCCGGGGUCGUACGACGGGUCCCGCUUCCGGCCGCCGUUCCCCUACGAGUACCUCUACUGCGGCUCCUCGCUCUAUGGCAACAUCAGCGCCCCGCGCAUGCGGGAGUGGCUGGCCUACCACGCCCAUUUCUUCGGCCCAAGGUCGCACUUUGUUCUCCAUGACGCCGGAGGCGUCAGCCCGGCGGUCAGGGCGGUGCUGGAUCCGUGGGUGAGGGCCGGCCGGGUCACUCUCCAGGACAUCAGGGCGCAAGCGGAGUACGACGGGUACUACUACAACCAGUUCUUGGUGGUGAACGACUGCCUCCACCGGCACCGCCACGCCGCGAACUGGACCUUCUUCUUCGACGUCGACGAGUACAUCUACCUCCCCGACGGGCGGCCGCUGGAGGAGGUGCUCGGCCAGCUCGAGCGGUACACGCAGUUCACCAUUGAGCAGAACCCCAUGUCCAGCAAGCUCUGCGUGGAGGAACCGACCAAGGAAUACUCGAGGCAGUGGGGAUUUGAGAAACUUGUUUUCCGUAAUUCGAUCACCGGAGUCAGGCGGGAUCGCAAAUACGCCAUUCGAGCAAGGAACGCGUACUCCACCGGUGUGCACAUGUCGCAGAAUGUCUACGGGAGGACGACCCACAAAACCGAAAACUUGAUCAGAUACUACCACUAUCAUAACUCGAUCAAUGUCAUGGAGGAGCCUUGCCGGGAGUUUGUGCCGAAGCCCAGCAAUGGCAGCAAGGUAAUGUUCGAGGAGGUACCGUACGUCUACGACGAUAACAUGAAGCGUUUGGCAGGCGAUAUCAAGCGCUUCGAGGCGGAGACUAUUGGCGCCGUCCAUUCGUAGCAUCUGGAGGGUAACCUAGUCUGGUACAUAGACAAUUCUGUUCUUUGGGGCUCCAUCUAUGCCCCUCAACCAGUGUAAAGUUUUGGUUCUCCUCGGCAUUCUCGGCUCUGGCAUCAGUUUGACGCAUUUUUCUUUCUUUCAUUUUAGCUGUUCUUUUAAGCUCACCUUUGAUACCUGCUUAUAGAUUUGUGUUGGUACAUUUUCAGAUUCUUCUUGUCUCGAUAGCGAGCAGUGUUGAGUGCCUGAUUUUAUUUCAUUUUGAUAAAAGAGAGCUGACUCUCCAAUUUCCAUA